AAAUACCAUACCACCAUAUCAGGAGGCAAAUACCAUGCCGACAUAUCAGAAGGCAAAUACCAUACCACCAUAUCAGGAGGCAAAUACCAUACCACCAUAUCAGGAGGAAAAUACCAUACCACCAUAUCAGGAGGCAAAUACCAUACCACCAUAUCAGGAGGCAAAUACCAUACCACCAUAUCAGGAGGA